GCUAUCUAAUACUAUAAUACCAUGAAAGUAUUUUGCUUAAAGAGGGGAAGCUCACCUUUUAAAUCGAGGAGUUUUGUUAUUACAAUUACUGGUUUAAUUAUCACUGUAUUUAUCUAUUUGUUAUCCAUGACAGUGCUAACAAAAGAUAUAAAAAAUACUCAAAAUCUUCAGAAAGUAACCAAAAAUAAUAAAAUUCAUAUAGUUUCACUGAUUGAAGGUGAUAAAGACUUCAAUUAUAUAAAUGUACUGAUCAAAUCUAUACUGUAUCACCAAAAACGUUUUCAUUGUCAAAAUAACAAAUGUUGUCUUGGUGACUUGUGCAAACGAAGCAAGACUGUAAACUUUCCAUGUUCACAUAAGAAAAUACUGAAGACCGAUGGUUCGAUAACUUUCCAUUUUAUUACUGAUAAACCCACACGACUGAAAUUUCAAAAAAUGGAACAAAGUUGGCAAUUGAUAAAUGUGAAAUUCCAAUUUUACGAAUACCAACAUUAUUUGGAUAAAAUUGACGGGGUUCUAUCAAAACGUUCUUCAGGUAUUAAAUCUUGUUUAAAAUUAUUAUUACCCGAAAUUCUUCCGAAAAGUGUCAAACAGGUCAUCGUUCUUGAUACAUGUUUGCUGUUAAAUACAGACAUCAAUGAAUUGUGGGAUCAUUUCAGAUAUUUUAAAUCUUCUCAUAUUUUAGGAGUGACAAUGGAACAAAAUCCCGAGUUUGAGGUUGUCAUGAAGAGUCUAAUUAGAGGCUGGAGAGGUUAUGGAUAUAAUAGCGGAGUUGUUUUAAUGGACUUAGCUAAAUUACGUUCAGCAGCAUGGAACCAUUUAUGGAUGAGUGCUAUUAAAUUCGUUAUGAAGGCAACGCGUUAUUUGUCAGCUGGGGAACAAGGUGUUAUAAAUUUAAUCAUGUUUAGAAACAAUGAGACAUUUUACAAAAUACCAUGUGAAUGGAACAUACAACUCAGUUCAGGUGUUGAUGUACACAGAUGUCCAGUUAGUUGGUUGGCUGAAAAUUCUCUGUUAAACAACAGGGAUUUAAUGUAUGGGAAACAACCUAAAAUUGUGUACUUAAACCAUCAAGUAAAACCGGAAUAUCUGGACUUGGAAAAUAUAUUAAAUGUUGAUACCAAUGUAUCACUUACGAAUUAUAAUGCUAACUUACUCUACAUGGUGUAUCUUAAAGAAUAUUUUAAAUAUCGACAUAUCAGUCAAAAAUGUUUCUAUUAAACCCGGAAAAAUGCAUUACAUUUACUGGAAAGCAUUUUCUGUUGUUACAGUUAUAUUUGUAUACCCUUUAUAUGAAGCUGAUAUGUACACAUAUAUCCAAGUUGAAAAAAAUUUCAUUAUUAAAUAAAUGAAUCAUUGUAAAUCCAAGUUUAUGGUUGAUAGUUUUUAAUCUCAGUUUACUUAAAUCAAUUGUUCUUCAAAAUUCCUUUUAUCCUCUAGGUACUCUUUUGGCAGCAUCAAAUUACAUCUCAACUUUUGACAUUCUCACCGUCAGCCAAUAUAUAAUAUAGUGAAACCAAAGAUUCCAGGCUAAAUAUCUUAAUGAAUUCUUUAUUCGCAGUUCUAAGAAGUCCCAGAAUAAAAUUUUCGUAGUUUAAUAAUGCCUGAAUAGUUCAAUUAGAAAGGGAAGUCUAUCAAAGUAUGUUAUACAUUUAUGCAGUGAUAUGUAUCAUGAAACUAAUUACUGUUGGACAAUAACAAAAACAUAAUGAAAACUUUAAUUCUGAUUAUAAUCUAAAACCUAUAGAAAUUAUAUAACUAUGGAAGCAUAAAG